GCAGUUACGUGACCUACUUUAAAAGUUCAACAUGGCGCACGGUGAAACCUUUAAGUACAACUAUGCGAUUAUAUGCCGCAUACCUCAAACUUUUCAGUACAAAGCUCUCCGGACAAAAACAGGAAAACCUAUAGAUAUAGAUAGGGCGAGGAAGGAGUACGAUGAUUUACGCGAUAUUCUAAAGAAUUGUGAUGUAAAUGUGAUUGAACUGCAAGAGGACGAAAACUAUCCAGACUGCUGUUUCAUUGAAGACUGUGCAGUUUGUAUCGGGGGUACAGCUUUAAUUGCCAGGCCAGGUCACACAACCAGGCAAGGAGAGGUUGGAGAAAUAAGAAAGGUAUUAAAGAAUGACUUAAAAUUAAAUGUCCAAGAAAUAAAAGAUGCAAAAGCAACAUUAGAUGGGGGAGAUGUUUUAUUCACAGGUAAAGAAAUAUUUGUUGGUAUUGGUAAAAGAACAAAUGAUUUAGGUGCUCAAGCUGUAGCAGAAUUUUUUCCUGAAUACAAUGUGAAUCUUAUCAAAAUUGGUAAAUGUGAAACACUUUUACAUCUGAAAGAUGUUGUUAAUAUGGCAGGCAGAAAUAUUGUAGCUGUUGGUUGUGGAAAUGAUGCUGAGACAAAAGAUGCAAAUUAUAUUAUGAAGGAAAUGCAAAGUUUGGCUGAGUAUACAUAUAGAGUUCUACAUCUAGAUAAUCGAGCUGGUGUUGAUAUGUUAUAUAUUAAUGGUCGUUUAAUACAUAGAACUCGAGAAGAAAUGGGAGAGAAAAAUUAUGGAGUAAUUGAUGAAAAGAUUCCAUAUACACGUCAUCGAGUCAAUCUAAGUGAACUCAGUAAAGCAGAUGGAUCUAUCUCCUCCAUGUUACUUCCUAUUUACAAGAAGAAAAAUCAGAUGAAUAUGCUUUCUGAUAUCACAGAAGAUGACAUUGCACCAUUUUGCCACAAAUAGACACAGAGCUUUUGUUAUUAGUUUUGGAGAGAUUUUUGGGGAUUAGCAAUUAGGCUUAUAUUAUUAAGAUAUAUAUUAUAUAUAUUUUUUUGUAGUUGUUAUUAAUAGAUAUAUUAUAAAGUAUUAAGCUUCAGUUUAUUAGUGUUAUAAAUUUUGUGGACCACUCCAUUAUUGAUAUCUUGCCAGUAUAAAUUAAAAACCAAAUUUGAUGUAUCAAUAACGAUUUUUUCUGUAAUUAAACACUUUGCAUAUGCUAUUGUAUUUAGUUUAUAAGCCUGCUAGAUAAAACAGUUAGUGGAAAAAACCUGUUCUCAACUUAUUAUCUUCAUAUCCUUUUAGCAAUACAAACUACAUGUACUUGAAUUGCUAGUGUUGUAUGUAAUUAAUAUCCUUAAUUUUCAAAUAAUGGUAUCUAAAUUUUUCUGGAAAUACAGAUUGUUGUAACCUUUUAGGUAUCAAAACUUUUCUGGACAUAUAGAUUCUCGUAACUUUUUUCUACAAAUUGUGAAGAUAUGUCGCAUAUAUUUAUGGUAUACCCCUAUAAUAUAAAAGUAAUAGUCCUGAAGAUAUAAUGAUGGUUGGUUUUAUGAUUGAUAACAAUUAUAAUUGUAAUUUAAUGUUAAUUAAAUUAAUUUAAUUCAUGUAAUAUGUAGCUAUUUACAUGCAUCAUCUCUUAAUGUUGUUUUAAUGAUAUAAGGCAUUGAUAGUAUGUAUAUGACUGAAUUCCUACAUGACUGAAGUAUAAAAUAGGCUUACUUUUAAUUAUUAGAGGUUUAAAUUGACUCCAUUUGUAGAAAAUUCAUCUGUAUAAAGUGUCAUCAGUAUUAACACUGUAAGUCGCUAGUGGAAAUAUGAUUGGUUAACAUAAAAUUAUACUGACCAAUCGUAUUGGGAAUCACCCUUACAGUAAUGCUGAUGUUCCACUUUUACGAGGAACUGAAAGAUCAUUUGAAAUUAGGACUUGAUUGCUGAAAUGCUUUAGUAAUUAUCUUCAUGUAUGUUAAAUGAAAUGAAGAAAAAUUCAAUCUCAAACAUGUGUGAAAUCUUUAUAAUUUAAAAUAAUUACUUUUCUAAACUGAAAUCUGUGGUAAUUACAUUUUUUUUGCUUGUUGAUAAAGAUCUUUAGAGAAAAAAAUUCACCAAUCAACUAGUUAUAAAUAAUUUGUCUUUUAAAUGUUCACAUUUUUUUAUACUUUCAUUGUAAGAUAACAUUAAUAAGAAACUGAUAAUCUCUCACUAGUUUUAUGUGAAAUCUAUUAUUAUUAUUUAUAAUUUGUCUUUUCAAGAGUCUAAUUUUAAAGUAUGGUGCUUAACCUUGAAAUUUUUACUUAUUUAUAUUUUUCUCAAAUCAUACAUCCUUGUGGAUCUCAGCAAUACAAGUUUUAAGUUAAAUCCCACAUUGAAACUGUAUUAUGGAAGUGUUUGUUUAACCUUUAACAGUUUUGUUAAAUACAUCUUUUAGUUCUUUAUUCUUACCUCUUUAUAAACCUGAUUUGUUGACUAAACCAAUCUAUGACUUCGAGCAUGAAAGGAUUGGAAUUAUAAUUUUAGAAUAUAUUGUGGUCUUUUCAAGGUUACAUCCUAGUUGAUCUUUUCAAGAUUACAUCCUAGUUGAUCUUUUUGAUCUUUUCAAGUUUACAUCCUAGUUGAAAAGAGCCAUUAAUACAUGUAUAUUAUUCAGAUCAUUCAGGAUAUGAUCACGGAUGUACAGGCCUAUUAAUAAAUGCAUAGCUUAAAAAUAAGACUCUAAAAAAAACCUGAUUAUCUUAUAUAUAUUGAUUUUGGAAACAAUACAAUUAUCAAUAUCAUUUUCUUUAAUAUUAUUAAAUUGUUAAAACAUCUUUUUCUACAUAUAUCACUGUAAUCAUGACAUUGAUAAUAAAGCUAUAUUUCAUA